AUGAUCCAAACCGUCGACCAGGAGAAAGCAAGAAAGGCCCAGACCCAGAUCCUCGGUUAUCAACCUGUACCCCCAUCCUCCUCCUCCUCGAGCUCCUCCAAGACUCCAAAGUAUAUUCUUGCGCAAUUAUCAGGCGGACGGGGGGUCAAUGAGGGAAUAUCUAUUGCGCUAUCUCUCAUCAAUCUUGAACCUUAUACUCAUAGUUCAUACUUGGAAUCUUUAGGAGACUUCACCAACAAGCGGUCUGACAUCUCCUGGACAUCUCCUGGACAUCACCUUCGAGUCUCCGUCCCUCGCACAUGCAAUUUGUUAGUCCAGAAACAUCCAUACUGGGGAUACGGACGGCGUGCCACCAUAACCACACUUUUUACAUGA